CACAGGAUUAACACGACUCGAAAUAAGGAAAGUCGAUUGAGCACCAUAACAAAGCAUAAGUUGGGGUUGACAAAGCUACCUGCGCUUGGACAUGCUGUCUUGGCUUUGUGGGGUUGGGUCGUUGGGGCUAAGCAAAUGGGGUGUUGCAGGGUUCAUUCACUGACAUAAUCGUUAAAGUAACACACACGCAGUCGUUACGGUUCCCACGUUGCGAUGUGCGACCGUAUCGAUUAGCCCCAGUGAACCAAAUAGCCCCGUCUGAACGCAAUUAGUCCUGCCGCUCCUCUCGGUUGCCCAGUUGUGGAAACUGCUCUCGGUGCGGAGGAACCGAAAACCACAGGCGCACCAAAGCCCCUGGCCGGAAACUACGCGAGUUAUCGACCAAACAGAGGGCGACACACGUGAGUGGCGUGGCAACGUCAAAGUGCCGACAUGCGAAUCACGGUUCCGGAAUCCGCAGCCCGCAUUCCGGAUUCCCAGGCAGUCAGUGCGGUGCGGUGCGGAGGAAGCGGCGCGGAGCGACCAGGAGCUGCCCAGGAUUAGCAGAUAGAGAUCGACCUCCGGCGCCGAGACUUCGCACGCGACUUUCCCGUCUGGGUGCCCCACUCGAGAAAAGUGUAAGGCCAAGAGGCGUUGGCUAAUUGAAUUUCUAUUUUCGAUUCUGCUGAAGGAAAGCAGCCUCAAGGAAGGGAACUUUAUGGGUUGAGGCGGCGGAAUGGGCGACUCAGGUGAGUGAAGUGGCCAUAAAUGUGAGCCAGCAAAAAUGGAUUUAAGGGGAAUCCCCCAGAGAAGCGAAGCAAAAAUACACUUAAAUUAUCUUUCGAACAUAAAAAAAAGAACUUUUUGAAUCACAUUUUAUGAUUCAUAAUUACCACACACAAUGUCCAAAAAAGAUUUUGUUUUAUUUAGGGACAUAAGUGACUAUUAGGUUUUUUAAAUAUUUUUUCAUUCCCUUCCCAAAAAUCGAAAGGCUCUGUUAGGGUAUAAAUAAAGACCUAUUUCCAGACCUUUCAAGCCUCAAGACAGUUACCUCCGGCUUUCGAGUUUAAGUUGGAUAGGUUUGGUUUGAGUUUUGGGGGUCGACGCAACCGCGAGGCGACUAUUCAAUUUUAGACGCUUGACGUCUCGAGUUGCCCGAAGCUCCACUAAAAGGCGUUGGCAGGUGCAACGAAUGCAAUGGAAACUUGCGGCACGCAUAUGUGGCACCAGGAAAAGAAAGGCGGGUCGGGGGAAGAUCUUUAGGCUCAAGAUAGCAAACUGGGUGGGAUUAUAGAAGGCGCCUCAGGCCAAGAAAGUUAUGACAGGCCGGGCAGGGGAAAAACCUCCAAGAAUUAGGGCCACUCCACUUGGCUUAGUUGGCUUAGAAGAGCCCAGAUUUUUGCCAGAGAAAGACGCAUCGACGGAGAAGCAGCACCAUGUUGGGAAUAGCCUGUGAUCCACUGCAGCACACGAGCAUGUACGAGCGGGGAUCAGAUGAUAGCGAAGACAGCGAUGGAGAGGGCGGACUGGGCAACGUUUCCCGUGUUAUCAUCCGUCCGCCGGGUCAAAGUGGCAAGGCCAAGAGAGGACACCUCUGCUUCGAUGCCGCCUUCGAAACGGGAAACCUGGGAAAAGCGGAGCUGGUGGGCGAGUUCGAGUACGACUUGUUCCUGAGACCAGACACCUGCAACCCGCGCUUCCGCUUCUGGUUCAACUUCACCGUGGACAAUGUGAAGCAGGAUCAGCGAGUGCUCUUCCACAUCGUGAACAUCAGCAAGAGCCGGAACCUGUUCUCCUCGGGGCUGACUCCCUUGGUCAAGAGCUCCAGCCGCCCCAAGUGGCAGAGGUUGUCCAAGCGGCAGGUGUUCUUCUACCGCUCGGCCAUGCACCAGGGGCACUAUGUUCUGAGUUUCGCCUUCAUAUUCGACAAGGAGGAGGACGUCUACCAGUUCGCCUUGGCCUGGCCCUACAGCUACUCCCGCUUGCAGUCCUACUUGAAUGUGAUCGAUGCCAGGCAGGGAGCGGACAAGCGGUUCACACGGUGCGUGCUGAUCAAAUCGUUGCAAAACCGCAAUGUGGACCUGCUGACCAUCGACCACGUGACCUCCAAGCAGCGCACGACGAACCGCUUGGAUCGUAGCUUUAUCCGGGUGAUCGUCAUCCUCUGCAGGACGCACUCCAGCGAGGCCCCUGCCUCCCACGUGUGUCAGGGCCUAAUCGAGUUCCUCGUGGGCAAUCACCCCAUUGCGGGGGUCCUGCGGGAUAACUUUGUCUUCAAGAUCGUGCCCAUGGUGAACCCGGACGGCGUUUUCCUGGGCAACAACCGCUGCAACCUCAUGGGCCAGGACAUGAAUCGCAACUGGCACAUUGGGUCGGAGUUCACGCAGCCGGAGCUGCAUGCGGUGAAGGGCAUGCUGAAGGAGUUGGACAAUUCAGAUACCUAUCAGAUUGACUUUGUGAUCGAUCUGCACGCCAACAGCAGCAUGCACGGCUGCUUUAUCUACGGAAACACCUACGAGGAUGUCUACAGGUACGAGCGGCACCUGGUGUUCCCUCGACUCUUUGCGAACAAUGCCCCGGACUACGUGGCGGAUCACACGAUGUUCAACGCGGACGAGCGGAAGGCGGGCAGCAUGCGUAGAUUCAGCUGCGAGAGGCUCAGCGACACGGUGAAUGCCUACACUCUGGAGGUCUCCAUGGCGGGUCACUACCUCAAGGAUGGCAAGACCAUCUCCCUGUACAACGAGGAUGGAUAUUACAGAGUUGGCAGGAACCUGGCGAGGACCCUGCUGCAGUACUACCGGUUCAUCAACAUCCUGCCCAUGCCGGUCGUGACCGAGGUUCGGGGCAAAAGACGGGGGCGAAACCGACAUGCCCACCACUCAAGGUCCCGCUCAAAGACCCGCUACGAGGUGAAGCCCCGCCCCAAAACGCCGCGGUGCCACGCCCCCAUCGCCUACACCAACCUCAGUAUAUGCUACGACUCGGGGGGCGGAGGGGGAUCCUCGGACGAGGGCGGGUUCUCCCCUGCUCGACCCUUGGCCCCCGGAAGCAGCUGCUUCAGCGGGUACCGAAACUACCGGAGGGCGGCCACCGCGAGCUGCUCCCAGCAUCCCGGACACGAUCAGUUCUCCCCCUUCGCAUUGGGGGCCCUUAAAACGGGAAGUGAUCACGGGGGAGGAGCGGUUAGUGUCAAGGCUAAGAAAUCGGCAGCGGUCACCAUCGAACUUCCGAUGCCGGUGAACGUGCCUCCGAAACCGUAUCUUUCCAUCAUCGACCUGAACCAACUAACGAGGGGAAGCCUGAAAGUAAAGUCCAACAGCUUCGAUGCGGCAGACAGGCGAUAGGAGAGGAGGUGGUUCGGAAAAGAGUUAGUGAUCUCAGUCGUUUAGGGCCCGAAAAGAGUGAUGAGUAAGUUUAGGUGUACAUAGAUAAUCCAGACUUUCCUACGCUUCUUGCUUGUUUUCUAAAUAAAAAGUUAUACCUUU